UUCAGCAAGUAUUUGUUCCUGAUUAGUUUCUAGAUAUUGAGUCUUAUCAAUGUCGCUAUUUUGUUUCCUGGACCUGGCGACUGAAAUCACCAUGAACAAAAUCUAAGCAGCGGUGCCUGCCGUCGCUCAGUUCCUGUUUGUCACAACCUGUAUGACCUUCUCGAUAAGGAUACGAUAACAAUCUACCCCACCUUUGUCAUCAUAGAAAUACUAUGCGCAACCCAUCUCCAACCAGAUCGACAAUUGCGACAAUUGAAUUUCCAAUACUAUGGCUGCAACUACUGUACAAACGGCAGAUAUUGCCACUGAAAACACACGUCGUGCUGCGCAGGAAAUACAAGAUUAUCUCCAAUCACGUCUUGCAGACACCUCUGGUCCUUCCUCAUUUCGAUCACUUCCAAUUAUCGAUCUGACCCCUUCAUUCUCAUCAUCUUUAGCCGACCGUCAAGAGGUUGCGAAGAAAAUCAACGAAGCAUGUGCGAAUGUUGGAUUUUUCUACAUCACAGGCCAUGGAAUCCCACAGCAUGUUUGCGAUGAAGUAUUCAAGCUUUGCGAACGUUUCUUUAGUGAACUACCUCAAUCCUCCAAGGACGCAAUUCACAUGAAGAAUUCAGAUCAAUUCAGAGGAUAUGAACCGGCUAGUUACUCAUCUGUGAAUGAUUUUCAAACCAAAGAAACAAAGGAGGCUUUCAAUUGGGGUUAUGAGUAUGGUUUGGAUCCUACCGGUGGAGACGGAAAAUACGUCGAGCUUGAUGGUACGACUGCUGGUGGUAAAAAUCAAUGGCCUAAUGAAUCUGAAAUUCCUGGUUUCUAUCAAGGCAUUGCAGACUAUUACGGAAGGAUCUUGGAAUUGUGCAAACACCUAUUCCGCCUAUUUGCCUUGUCUCUAUCUCUUCCAGAAGAUUAUUUUGAUCCACUUGUCACACAUCCCGGAGGAAUUGCACGACUGAUAAAGUACAAGCCAAAUUCGAACCCCAAACCUCUCUCAACCUCAAACGAAGAAGAGGAAGUUGGUCUUGGUGCUCACUCAGACUACGAAUGUUUUACUCUCCUCCUCCAAGACUCAACUCCUGGUCUAGAGGUUCUUAGUCCGGACGGAAAAUGGGUCGCUGCCGAGCCUGUUGAAGGAGGAAUCGUAGUCAAUGUUGGUGAUUUCUUGAUGCGAUGGACAAAUGGACUUUAUAGAAGUACGAUUCAUAGGGUUGUUAACAGGACUGCGAAAACGCGAUACUCGGUACCCCUAUUUUUCUCGAUUAAUUAUGAUGAGAUAGUUGAGACGUUACCGUCUUGUGUAAGUGAGGAGAAUCCUUCCAAAUAUCCUCCGAUUACUGCGGGGAAAUAUGUAUUAGAUCGUUUGGCUAUGACAGUUCCUGGAAAAUACUGAAAUCGCGGUUGCCAUGGACUUCCUUGCCUUGUUAGCGUCAAUUGAAACAAAGAUGUUACUACUGGUCUUGUUCUCUGAAUCCAAGUUAUUGAAAAAGGGGCUUCC